AUGGAUAUAAACUCUAAUAUUGGAAUUACAAUUUAUGUGGAUCACAAGAGAACUACAAACAAGGGUAUCAACAUUCAACUAUAUCUUGCAAAGUUCUUCUUACAACAUGGAGUACACAGGAACUACAUCAUGAUCUAUGACAUUGCCUACAACUAUGACAAACAAGCAGAGAUUAAGAAGCAUUCAAUUCGUAUUCCAAACUAUCCAUACAUCGAAAUCAAUGGAGUAUUGUGGGGUGAAGGUGCAAUGGUAGAGGAGAAGAAGGAGGAGGUUUUGGCAUUGAUUCAGCCAUUGGUUGGAAUUAUUCCAACAGAUGAGAAGUCAGAGAUCAUCGAAGCCUUUGUUAAUAACAAGGUGGUCACAGAGGAGGAGAUCAAGGAGGAGUCCGAAUCACUCCAACUUGGUUACAUCGAUGCAUCGAUCAACGUCACCGAGUGGUUAUUGUUUGGUUUGGUCAAGGGUAUCAUUAAUGUUGCAUGGCAGGCAUCACCAAUGGAAGUGCCAAAGCUCGAGGACUCUGACUACGAGUGCAAGGUAAUCAGAACAAACUGGUACGGAAGACAUCAGAUUAGAACAUACCGUUUCACACCAUCAGAGAUCUAUCGUAUGGAUGAAGGUGUCAUCAAGGAUACCCUUUACUAUGUUGAUAUCAAGGAACUUGUAUGCCAGGAUCAGAAGAAUAUUAUUAUCAAGAAUACAAAGGAGGACCAGUACAUUCAAGGCAAAGAGAAAGAGGUUGCUAAGAUCAUUGAGAUUGUUACCUCCAGAGCAUACUUGACUCCUAAUGGGGAGGGAGUUUGGACCUCAACAUUGGUAUCAUCA